GCCUUCGCCAUACGAGGAUGUGGAAUGUUUCAGUCACAGGGUAAAUACUGUGCAGGUUCCUAGCGCGCAGACCCGCAGCGCAAUGCCAGAAACGCUGUAGAAAAACAGGGAGGAAACCAGGGAACAGGAGCCCUGAGAGAAAGCAGCUUUUUACGGAAGGGACACAAGCAAUCAAGAGCCAACUCCGUACCCACAUCCACGCAAAACUCCCAUGGGGUUACCAACCUUCCUGCUGUGCCUCUCUGUGGUUGGCAUACGCCAGUGCUUGGGCGGCUACAGCGACUAUGAUUAUGGUGGGAUACCCGUCAUGAUUAACCGCCUGCUGGGGGAGCCCAGCGUGCUGAGCCUGAGGGGCCGCCUGGACGCCAGCUGGUACCGUGCGGUCAACACAGAGACCUGCCCGCUGGAGUGCGACUGCCCCGUCCACUGGCCCUCGGCCGCCUACUGCGACCACCGUGGACUAAAGGCCGUGCCGCCCGCGCUGCCCCCAAGGACGCAGUACCUGUUCCUGCAGGGCAACCUCAUCUCCAGCCUGCCGGCGGGCGUUUUCGCUAAUGCCACCCUGGCGCGCUGGUUGCUGCUGGACCGCAACCAGCUCGCCAGCGACCAGGUGAACAGCACGGCCCUGGCGCAGCUGCCUCACCUGGAGAACCUCUUCCUCAACUACAACCACCUGACGGACGUGCCCUCCCCGCUGCCCGGCGGCCUCCUGCAGCUCCGGCUGGCCCACAACCGGAUCAGCAAGAUCACCCCCGGAGCUUUCCGGAACCUGCGCAACCUCACACUGCUGCUGCUGCAGGGCAACCAGCUGCAGACGAUAGGAGAGGCGGCCUUCAAAGGUCUGCAGUCCGUCAUUCUCCUCGACCUCAGCCACAACCAGCUGAAAGAAUUUCCAGAAGGCCUGCCUCCAUCCAUCCAGCAGCUCUAUAUCUCCAACAACUCCCUCAGCGUCCUGCAGGAAAGGAGCCUGAUAGGGUUUGGCAAUCUGCAGUACCUGAGGAUCAGCCACAACAGGCUCCAGGACAAAGGCAUUGCCAGCAACGUCUUCAAUAUGUCCUCCAUUAUCGAGCUUGACCUUUCCUAUAACCAGCUCACCUCAGUUCCCGUAGUGUCAGAGACUCUCCAGUAUCUCUACUUACAGGCUAAUCUCAUCCAAGAGGUCAACAUGACCAGUUUCUGCAGGACGGUGGGCCCGGUGGACUACUCGCACCUGAGAGUCCUGCGUCUGGACGGCAAUCCGCUCAGCUAUCACCAGCUGCCUUCUGACUGGGUGCUGUGUCUCCGCGUGCUCAGCAACAUCUUCAUCUGACCCAGCCCCAGUCUGCUCCUGCAUCAAGAGCAGCAGGGAUACUCUGUCCGAGCACUUUAUAUCAAGGAAAUAGAAUACCUGUAGCACAAGGCACAAAGCAUAACAUGCACAAACCUUCACAUCUGUUAACUAACUAAGCAAGUAUGUCCUAUGAGUUUUUACAGGAAAGAAUGCUUCAAUUUGGUCCCCUUUAGUAUAUACUCAAACUCUAAUAUGAAUGCAAAUUAAAUUGCGUCCAAUUGCAUCCAGGAAACAAAUUUGUGUGUUGCAUUAUUCAGGGUGGUCUGUUGUGAAAGUUUUGAUUCUUCUAAAAUAUUUUGAAAGACCACAAUGAAACCAGGGAAACACUAUGAAAUUAUGGUAAAAACAUGAAAAAGUUCAGGGACAUGGUAAGACAUAAAGUAUAGCAAAGCAUGGCAUGCUUUCAUAACAGAAAGUCACAGUCGAGGAGAUGUACACUGGUGGGAAACCAGUGGGCGUAGAGCAUGUGCUUCUGUAUGACAAGACUUUACAGAUACUGUAAAUAAAUGUAUUAUAGCAAUGCUACAAAUGUACAUUUUAUGACAUGCUAACUGUCAGUGCACCAAGUCAGUACAUCUGGAACAAGAAUACUGCUGCGCAGCAUCCCUGUAGAGGUCAUUUCCAUGAAGCUCUCUGUUUUGCACGGCGCUUGUAAUCUAAACAAUGCAGGGUGUGAGCAACGUGUUCUCCACUUAGCUUUUGGGGUCUCAAAUGUGAGCAAAUGAGUCCUGUAAGGUAAGGACAGUGACAAACACAGAUACUAAGUAUUCACAUUUUGAAUCUUAAGUUGCUUAAUUUUCACAAACAAGGGCCUCCAUCCCUGUGUAGAUCAUGGUGUGCUAAUGCUAACAAUUCCUAGUAAAACCUAUGGUAUUCCCAGGGUGCGGUGUAGUAAUGCACAGUGAAGGCAUGUUGAACCCAUAGGAAAACACAGCAAAUGUUUGGUAAAUCCAUGGUUAAAGUGAGAAUAAAAAAAAAGCUCUUCAGGACAUGCAAACCUUUAAUAUUUUAGUCUAAGAUGUCCA